CGCUGGUUUUGUUUUGUAAUUACGCUCUUCAUUACAAAACAUUGAAAAGACGUAAGAAGUUACAAAACCAUUCGAAGGACAGCAUCAAAACGUAUUAUGCAAAUAUGGCUAGCUUGAGCCGAGUACCACUAUCUCUUUCGUGUUUUUCAGGAAUUAAGAACUCCCCGGCUCAGCUAGCUAUUGUCCAGAAAAGAUGUAAGAGUACAUAUGGACCACUAAAGGAUGAGGACAGAAUCUUCACAAAUCUAUAUGGCAGACAUGACUGGAAACUCAAGGGUGCCAUGUCCAGGGGAGACUGGUACAAAACAAAGGAAAUACUUCUAAAGGGCCACGAGUGGAUCCUGAAAGAGAUUACGACCUCAGGUCUGCGUGGCAGGGGAGGGGCUGGCUUCCCCACGGGGAUGAAGUGGGGCUUCAUGAACAAGCCCAGCGACGGCAGGCCUAAGUACCUGGUGGUGAAUGCUGAUGAGGGAGAGCCAGGGACAUGUAAGGACAGGGAGAUCAUGAGACACGACCCCCACAAGUUGGUGGAGGGCUGUCUGGUGGCUGGGCGCUCUAUGGGAGCAUGUGCAGCCUAUAUCUACAUCAGAGGGGAGUUUUAUAACGAGGCGUCUAACCUGCAGGUUGCCAUCAAUGAGGCCUAUGCUGCUGGACUACUGGGUAAGAAUGCCUGCGGUUCUGGGUACGACUUUGAUGUCUUCGUUCAUCGUGGAGCAGGAGCCUAUAUCUGUGGAGAGGAAACAUCCCUGAUUGAGUCCUUGGAGGGUAAGGCUGGUAAGCCCCGUCUGAAGCCCCCAUUCCCUGCCGAUGUAGGGGUGUUUGGAUGUCCCACCACCGUCGCUAAUGUGGAGACAGUGGCCGUCGCUCCAGCAAUCUGUAGAAGAGGAGGUGAAUGGUUUGCUUCAUUUGGAAGGGAGAGGAACAGGGGAACUAAACUGUUUAACAUCUCGGGCCACGUCAAUAACCCCGUGACAGUAGAGGAGGAGAUGUCCAUUACUCUGAGGGAGCUGAUAGAGAGGCACGCGGGGGGAGUCAUCGGGGGCUGGGACAAUCUCCUGGGCAUCAUUCCAGGGGGGUCCUCGACCCCAAUCAUCCCUAAGAGUGUGUGUUCGGACGUAAUGAUGGAUUUUGAUGCUUUGGUACAAGCUCAGACCAGUCUGGGGACAGCUGCCGUCAUCGUGAUGAACAAAGACGCUGACGUCAUCAGGUGUAUCUCUAGACUGAUCGAGUUCUACAAACACGAGAGCUGUGGUCAGUGUACUCCCUGUAGAGAAGGAGUUGGAUGGAUGGCAAAGAUCAUGAAACGUUUUGAGACUGGUAACUUUAAGGAGGGAGAGAUAGACAUGCUGUAUGAAAUCAGUAAACAGAUUGAGGGUCACACCAUCUGUGCCCUGGGGGACGGGGCUGCCUGGCCUGUACAGGGACUAAUUCGACACUUCAGGCCUGUGUUAUUAGAGAGAAUUGAACAGUUUAAACAAACACAACAAAAAACAGCAACCGCUUGACCAUGAAUGGACAAGGUCAAAGGAUAUAUGUGACAAUUUGAAAUUCUCUAUUGAAAAAAAAAACAAAAAACAGGUGUUAACUUAAAAUAACUUGAAAAAGAGGUGUUAACUUAAAAUAACUUGUUACUAUUUUGUUGAUGUGUAAAUAAAAUUGUAGAAUCUUGAUAAAACAGAGAAAUAAUUAA